AUGGGGAAAGCUGUGUCGAAACUUUCCAAAGAGGAAAUCAAACAGCUACGUGAUCGCACGCUUUUCGACAAGCGUGAGCUACAGCAAUGGUAUAAAGGUUUUUUGCGGGACUGCCCCAGUGGGCAUCUUUCCGAGGAGGAAUUUGCCAAGGUGUUCAAGCAGUUUUUUCCCUUUGGGGACCCCACCGAUUACUGCCACUAUCUCUUCCGUAUCUUCGACACGGACGGCUCCAAGUACAUUGACUUCAAGGAGUUCAUCGUUGCACUUUCACUCACGGCCCGCGGCGACCUCAACCAAAAACUUGACUUCACUUUCAAGCUAUAUGACUUGGACCGUGAUGGCAAGAUCUAUUACCAAGACGUGCUCGCCGUCGUCACAGCAAUAUAUAAAAUGGUGGGGCCCAUGGUCGCGUUGCCUGAGGACGAACGCACGCCCGACCUCAGGGCUGCAAAGUUGUUCCUGGCCAUUGAUAAGGACAAGGAUUCCGAUUUCUUGGACUUCGACGACUUGAAGCGUGUAGUGAAGGCCGACCCUUCUCUCAUCAACUCGUUGAAUUCGUAUGAGGGUUUAGUAUGA